AUGGGUGUUAUAAUGAAGAGCGAUCAAAUAAUGUCUCACCAUGGGUCGGACUCUGAAUAUUAUUCUAAAACAUCCAACAAAUCCGCUGGUCGAGGAUUUGUUGACUCGGAGGACGAGAUAGCUUUUAGCAGAAAUAAAUCAAGAUCUAUCGGUUCGAGAAACUCCGCCGCAAAGCGUGCGGAUUCGGACGUAGAGAUACCAAGGCAGAAGAAAAAGGAAAGCAAGCUCAGUUCAUCUGCCAAGCGCACAGCAGUGGAAUCUGACGGAGAGACACCGAGGGCUAAGAAAAAGCUGGUUCCAAAGAGAAAGUGUUCUGCGGUAAAGAAACCCGGCGAGGAGUGGCGCGUGAUCGACUCGGAGAGCGAGGACGAGGAGGUUAUCAAGCGCUCCAAGAACGCGUUGCAAUCCUCCUACUCAAAGCGGGUGGCCGACGGGACCGUGCGCCGCACCGCCAAGCUGAACGGAGACCUAUUCGUGGAGCUUAAGCUAUACCAGGUCGCCGACAUCAGACACGUAGACGUAAGGAAACGCUACGAGAAAGCAGUCCUCAGUCUAAAGUAUCAGGCGGACCAUAAUGCGCCGGAGUUACAGCUACUCCAACAGUUUCUCAAAAAAUGUAAACCCAAGUUCGGGACUGAGGGCUACUUUUUCGCAGAUAAGGACGUAAAAGAAUAACUCACGUCUGUUUUUCCUCUUGGGUAGGCAGAGUUUAUUUUUAUUGACUCGUAUUAUUUUGUUUAUUUGAAAUUAUAGGUAAUUAAUUAAAAUAGUGCUACCAGGUAUCAGGUUGUCCUAAGUCUUUAGUCUAAAAUAUCUUAAGAAAUAUAAACCUAAUUUGAUUUUGAAUCGUAAGAAGUUUCUUGAUUACAUUUUAGCAAUAUGCCAACUAAAUCAGUAUAUUGCUCUAUUUGUGAUUUGUCCAUAAAAAAUAAAGCUUUUUCAUCUCAUUUACGUAGCACACUGCAUAAAAAUAAUAGUUCUAUUAGGGAGUCCGAUUGCAUUGAGAGAAUAUCUAGCGCGUUUCGUAGCCGUAUCGCAUCGUAUAGGUUGAGGAGCAGUGAAAAUAGCGA